AUGAUAAGAAGAUAUGUAGCAACUUGUGUAGAUGUAUGUCCAAGGAAAGAGGCCUGUUGUACUUGCAUUUGUAUGUUCCAAGUGCGAAAAUGGAGAACGGUGGGGCACGGAGGUACUGGUGUCACAUGUGCUCUCAAACAGUGAAUCCCAUUGGGGAGAUGAACUGCCCUGUUUGUGAGAACGGCUUCCUCGAAGAAAUGCCUGACUCUGACCCUGACCCGCCUACCCACAAUGACCUCGCCCUCUCCCUCUUGGCCCCCAUCUUGCUGGGCUUCGUGGCUCGUCCCUUGGUGGACCCAGAACCAGAGGAUCAUGCUACUGCUACUGCUGAUGCUGAUGCUGAUGCUGAUGCUGAUGCUAAUUCUAAUGCUGAUGCUAAUGCUAAUGCAGAUGCUGAUGCCGAUCAACAACUGGUGACGAGGCAGAACCCCACCGCCAUCCUCCAGCUCCUCCAGAGCAUCCGAGCUGGAAUACAGGCAGUUGAUCCUGAUCAUAAUCAAGACAGAGAAGGAGACGCUAGAGAUGGACAGCGUGUGAUCUUGAUCAAUCAGCCGUUUGGCAACUAUCUCCUUGGCCACGGCCUUGACUUGCUGCUGCAGCAUUUGGCUGAGAAUGAUCCCAACAGGUAUGGCACUCCACCAGCGCAGAGAGAGGUGGUCAACGCCCUGCCCUCUGUCACCAUCCAUCAACCAAUGCAGUGUGCUGUUUGCUUGGACGACUGUGAGGAAGGGGCGGAGCUUAAGGAGAUGCCUUGUAAACAUAAGUUCCACGAGACGUGUAUCCUGCCCUGGCUGCAGCUGCAUAGUUCUUGCCCUGUUUGUAGGCAUCAGCUACCGGCCGAUGACAAUAACACAGCAGUUGCAGAUAACAGAACUACUGAAAAUGGGACGCGAUUCUCUGUUCCGCUUCUCUGGCCUUUCACCGCUUUGUUUUCACCUUCCAGUUCCUCCCACCAUACUGACAACUGAUUACUCAACAUAUUUUGUAACUACUCAAUCACAGGAAUAGGAUAGGAUAGUCAACUACUAAGUAGCCUGUUUCUGUAACGCCAACUCUCACCAUUAUUUCAUAGGAGAGUGUAUUUGGUGACUGAAAACACCAUUAUUUCGUAGGAGAGUGUAUUUGGUGACUGAAAACACCAUUAUUUUGGAAUUGGAAUGAUAUAUGUUCAUUUCAUCUGUA